AUGAAGCAGAUUUUAUACGUAGACCCAUCUCUAAGUGAAAUCAUGAACUAUAUCCCAGAAGAAGGAAUCACAACUGAAAUCACCGAUCGAAUGUACCCAUUCCCCACUCUAAUUUUAUGAGUCCGAGAAACAACUAGCUUCAACAACCUAGUUUGAAUUAUCAUUUCUCCUUCUUCAUACCAAAGAUUCCUAUCCAGCUCCAGAAUAGAAGAAGGUUUUUCCGAUCUAAAAUCUUCAUUAGACAACUCAAAAAUCUCAUUUAUUUAUCAAUAUUCAGCCCGAGAGAAGCAGAAUUGAAAAGAAAACAUUCAGCCUCAGCUUCAGCCUUUGAUCGCCAAAUGAAUCUUUAAUUUUGGCUUUGAUUUACUCGAAAUGGAAAAUCUGAAUGAAAUCAGUCAAUAUAUAAUUCAAGCUUCUUCAGUUCUAGUAAACUCCAAAACUUCAGAUGACUUACAAAUGAUCCAAAAACAGCCUGAGCGGUUCCAUCCUCAUGAAACUUGAGUAAAAUUCCUUACCGCGAUUCCUCAGAUGUCCUUAGCUAAAGCCCAAGCAAUAAUAUCAAAAUACCCAUCCCUCACAUCUCUCCUUGAAGCCUAUGAAAUUGCAGAAGCUUCUAAGCGAGAAACCUUGCUUAUGAGUUUGACAGCUGGAAGUUUGCCGAUCGGUAAAGCGUUAUCAAUAAAAAUUUAUACAUAUUUGACCUCACUUGACCCAUUUACAAUUUUAUAA